AUGGGGGCAGCUUUCAAGGACACCAGCCUCACACAGUGUCCCCGAGAAGCUGGCGGACCCCGAACAGCCCUCAGAGCACCAGUGGCGUUCAUUCCCACUGUCUUACAGACUGCGGAGGAUCAGCUAGCUGGAGGAUCAGAGCCCCUGGGGCCGCAGGGCUGCUCGGGACAGCCCAAAUCUUCAGUCGAAGCCAGGGGUCACCGGGAGGGAAAGGAUGUGACAGGACGUCAACAUGCCGUCGGCCCACCCCCGACCUUCAGGGCGCAAGCUCGCCUCAUAGCACUCUGCGGUCUUCAGCCCCGGGGCUCCUUGGUCACCCCACAUAGUCUUCACCCGGAACUAUCGCCCCUCCACUCCAAAAGAAUUCUAGAAUCUUCCUCCCUUGCUCUUCCUGACAGCCCAGACCCUCUCCACCCUUGGCCGCCCUCUUCCCCAAACCUUCCACUCUUGCUCUGCCAUCCGUCACUGGCCCUGAUCUGGCUCAGACACCUCUUCAGGUGGCCGCUUCUGUCUCGUGUGUUCCAGGCAGGACCGAGCCACUACACACGGGCGUCUGCCGGCAACCAAACUCCAGGCGGCCAACGCGGCCAAGCUUUGCCCGCUGCACUCUGGCCCACUUCUCCAGCCCUCUGCUCGCAGACAAGCCCAGUCCUCACUGAGAGACCCCAGGUCACCACCAGAGUGCCCUGCUGUGCAGCCCCUCGAGGUGGCCCAGAUCUCUCCGCCGCUGUGGACCUUCUGGAAAGGAUUUUCCCACACAGCCCUGAUUUCAGUAUCCAGCUGGCAAGGGGACUUUCCACGCGGCUGUACUCAGGAGACCUCAAACCAGGGAUGGUGUGCGGCAGUGGUUACCCGGCUGUCCCUACCCUGAGACGGCCAGUUGGAGCAAACAAAUACAACAGACCUGUUACGUGACGCCCGGCCGUCAGUCACCGUAGGCUGCAAAGUCAGUGCAAGCGUUCUCUGGCUAUGUGCAAUGUACAAUAAGGGUAUUGUCUGUUUUAUAUUAGUU